CCCCUAGUAUAUAUACAACUAGCUAGACGUCUAUAGAAAUCAGAGUUCACAUCAAUUUCAACCUGAGUCGAACUCGACAAUGACCACCAGACGCGGCUGGGUCAGCUCACCGAAUGAGCGAGGCACCAUGGACAUCAUCUGGAGUUGCGUUUCCACGCUUUUCAUCUGUCUAUGGAGCAUGCUUCAUCUCAACGUACCGUCGAAGAAAGACUCAUUCUGGACAAUCGUCUGGCGCAAGGCCCGGUGGCUUCUGCUUGGCAUUCUGGCUCCAGAAGUCCCGAUGCUGUUCGCCUGCGGUCAGUGGGCAUCCGCGAAGAGAUCCGUGAACGACAUGAGGAAGCUCGGCUUCAGCGACGCAGAAUGGUCACUCGAGCAUGCGUGGUACGCCGAUAGUGGAGGAUUUGAGCUUCAACCCCUGGAGGGUGAACCUCUUCCUAUCACGGCAAGACAGGUCUGGUACCUCUUGGAAAACGGAUUCAUCAGCCUACCGAGCAUUUCGAAAAAGGAGAUCUGGGACAAAAGCAACGCAGACAAAGUUACCAAAUUCCUCGCUUAUUUUCAAACCGCAUGGCUGGUAACGCAGACAGUGGGCCGCGCCAUUCAGCACCUUGCAAUUACUCCGCUUGAGCUGGCCAGUAUUGCUCUGGCUCUCACUUCCCUCACUACCCUCGGCUUCUGGAUGCACAAGCCCCUAGAUGUUGGAACAGCUACAACACUCCACACCGACCGUAGUAUUAGAGAUAUCCUUGAGCACGCUGGCGAAAUCUUCCUAGCAGACUUCACAAAUACUCCACUCGACUUCAUCGAGCCACGCAUCUACGUUUCGCGCAAGUGUGGCUCGGCGCUCUUAAACUGGAUCCUUCACCGUGGCCUUCAAACCCGACCGAUCGAGCGGAUUCCUGACGACCGCGACCCUCAGCUCUACAAUAUCUAUCAGCGCAUCACACUAGGCAUUGCCACUGCCUCCUUCGCCAGCAUCCAUCUCGCGGGGUGGAAUUUUGGGUUCGACACUACGUGGGAGAUGUGGCUAUGGCGGAGCAAUUGCCUUAUUAUGUGGGGUUUGCUGGCAACAUUCGGAACCACAGAAGUGAUCAUAUGCUGUCGAGACAAUUUCCAAAGCAUGGGUAUGGACACACUAGGAGGAUACAAGCUGCGAUGGCCAGCGUGCUUGUGGUUCGUGAUUCCGGGUGGUUUAUACGUGAUGGCGAGAGCGUGUUUGAUCUUUGAAGUUCUAUUCAGUAUGCGGAGUCUUCCACAAGAAGCGUUUGUAGAGGUGCAAUGGUCAGCAAUGCUGCCCCAUAUAUAA